AUGGAUCUUUGCUGGCCUGAGGUCAGUCACCCUCUGACAAGCUCACUGAAGAUGAGGACUGCAGGGCUCCUGUUUGUUGUGGCACUCUGUGCAUUAAACGUCACGUCUUCCCUGAAAAUCUGUGCUUUUAAUGUUCAGAGUUUUGGAGAAUCAAAAGCAAACAACAAGAAGGUUAUGGGGAUUCUACUAAAGAUUCUUUCUCGGUGCGACUUGUGUCUAAUUCAAGAGGUUCGAGACUCCAAAGGAGAAGUAAUAGAAGCUUUGGUUAAGGAUCUUAACGGAUUUGACAAAUACAACUCCUAUUCUUACGUGGAGAGUGAACGGUUGGGCAGGAAGACCUACAAGGAGCAGUAUGUCUACAUUUACAGGAACAACGUGCUGCAGGUCAAAGAGCUUUAUCAAUAUCCCAAACUGGAAGGAGACGGGACCAAUGAGACUGAUGUUUUCUCCAGGGAGCCUUUUAUCGUCCGCUUUCACUCCCCGACGACAUUGGUGAAGGACUUUGUUCUGAUUGGACAACACACCAGCCCCAAAACAGCCAUGAAGGAGAUGGAUGAGCUGUACACUGUCUUUAAAGGGAUUUACAAGAAGUGGAAGAUUGAUAAUGUAAUGAUCCUGGGGGACCUGAACGCCGGCUGCGGCUACGUCACCAUCAAGGGCUGGAAGGCCGUUCGGCUGAGGAGUGACCCCAGUUUUCGUUGGCUGAUCGGAGAUGAUCAAGACACCACUGUCAGGCAGAAAACACACUGUGCAUACGACAGGAUCAUUGUACACGGACGGGAGAUUACCUCUGGUGUAGUUUCAGGUUCAGCUCAACCGUUCAACUUUAGAGAGAGUUUCCACCUCACUGAGGCAGAGGCUCUUGAAGUGAGUGACCAUUUUCCUGUAGAAGUUGACCUGAAGCCCAACCACCGCUACCUCCUCCGCCACGAGCUGUAGGCCGCUCAGCAUCAUCAU